CUGUACUGUGAAACUGUCCAGCACUGUAAUAGGAUUUAAACUUUUCUUGUCUUGAAUAGUAACGUUCAAAGUACCUCAUACGGAGUGCUAUGGAUAAUCCAUUUGGUUAUGAACCAAUAGAAGAAAUAAAGGAAGCACUGCAGAACAAUGAACCUGCCGUAGCAGUUGCAAAGAUCCAAGAGUAUUUGGAUCAGCAGAAUGAGAUUCCACUACAUAUUGGCAUCACAAGAGAGUCUGGUUCUGGUAAAUCCACCUUUGUGAAUGCCUUCAGAGGCAUAGACAACAGGGAUGAGAGAGCCGCCCCUACUGGUUGUGUAGAGACCACCUCAGAGGUUACACCUUACCACCAUCCAAACUAUCCCAAUGUUACAUUAUGGGAUCUCCCUGGUAUUGGCACCACUAACUUUCCUGCUGACAAGUACCUGGAGCAUGUUGGAUUUGAGAAGUUUGACUUCUUCAUCAUCAUCUCUGCAACUCGCUUCAGAGAAAAUGAUGUGAAGAUCGCUCAGGAGAUUCAGAAGAUGGGGAAAAAGUUCUACUUUGUUCGCUCAAAGAUUGACAACGAUCUACACAAUGAGGAAAGAAGUCAGAGGGGGUUCAAUGCAGAAAGGACUCUGGCACAAAUCAGGGAAAACUGCAUUCAAGGUCUUCAAAAACAAGGUGUUGAGGCUCCACAGGUCUUCCUGGUGUCCAGCUUUGAUCUCCACCUGUAUGAUUUCCAUCUGUUAGAGGAGACCUUAGAGAGAGAACUUCCUGCACACAAGAGGAAUGCUCUGCUGUUAAUCCUGUGGAUGAUCUUAAAACAGUGAUGACAUCACCACUGGCUGGUAAAGAAAUAACCAAAGAGCUUAUCAUUAAGCUACUGUCUUCUUCUCCAAGUGGAGCUGCAUUAAUGGCAGCAGA